AUGGCGUCGACUGGAGCAGAGAACGUUCUUCAUGUGGCCAAAAAAUUUUUCCAAGAACAGUUCAAGGCUAGUCCUUCGUUUGCUGUAUGUGCUCCAGGACGAGUAAAUCUUAUUGGCGAACAUACAGAUUAUAACGAUGGAUUUGUUCUUCCCAUGGUAAGAAUAGCGUUUCUCGACCUCCCCUUCCCUUGGGUAAAUUGUAUCCUCCUUUCCUUGGGCCUAAACGGUACACUAAGAGCAAGACAUGGGGUAUAUUUUUACUGUUAAGUGAAGUUGCUUUUUCCUUUAGUCCUGAUUUCAAGGGCUUUACAAUCCUUGAGUGAAUUAAAGCGAACUUUUGUACGCACGGUCGAUUCCGGCGAUCGAUCAAAGAUUGGAACGCUUUACCUUUAGAUAUUAGGAAGGUAGAGACUUUGGACAUUUUAAAACGCACUGUUCGGGAACAGAUUUUACUUAUUUAAUUACAUGAUUCUUUUUAUUUGAUUAUUUUUUAUUUACCUCGACGCGAUGGGCAACCUUUGCCAAGUAUAAAAUAUAGAAAUAGAAAUGUGGUUCAAUUUUAUCCUUGAUUAGCCUAGAUUCAAAAUGUAACCCUUUGAAGUCCCAGGACUCACCAACAUCAAUUUCCUCCUAAUAAUAUUAAUAUGUAAUUGAGAGAAAAAGGAAAAUGUUUUGAUCUUUUCACCAAAAUCUCUCAACUAAUCCCGGGAGCGGUACUUCCUGAUACCUGAUAUAAGCCAAAAAGGUAUGUGCCAAAGGGUAUGUCUUUGCACUGUUUCGGUCUGAAAACUGGUGUAGACUUGGCACAUUUUGUCUGGAAUUGGGUAUGGUUUUUGAGGGAACUACAGGAGUGUGCUCAUGAACUUAUUUGUCAUUUCAAUUCCAAAUGAACAAGAAAGGAAGAUAAUACACGAGUUCAAAAUGGAUUUUAAGAAGUCUUGUUGUUUACAUUCUAAUCUAAGUAGUUUCAGGUCUGAAAAUGGGUAUAUAUUUUAGAGACCGGGGGCCCGUUUCUCGAAAGUCCCGGUAACUUUUCGGCCCAAAAUCAAAUAUUCAAAUCGAUAUAAAAAGAAUAAGAGCGCGGCUCCUGGCAAGCAAACUACUCCAUUUUGUUUCUUUAACUGAUAGUUUUAUCAUGUUAGAUGCAAAACUAUUGAAACCUCGAUCUUUAAUGGCAACCGAGACAGCUUACCGGGCCCGUUAAUUAUCGGAACUUUCGAGAAACGGGCCCCAGGCCCCAGUUCCUCAAAAGGUGGAUAACACUAUCCACCGAAUAAAUCUCGUUGGAUAGUGAUUUAUCCAGUGGAUAGCACUAUCUAACGUUUGAACAAAUGGGGCCAGGUCUAGGAACGGGUGUGGAAAAUUACAUUUUUUGGUCUAAAAUAGGGUCUUGUCCGUAGAACUGGGCAGCACACCCCCACCAAGAUUUUCCCAGAAGUACUCUCCAGGUGUGACAGUUAGUUUGAAACAGAAAGAAAUAAAGCAAAAAAAUAAAAGAUUAGACUGAAAAUUGAUGAAGCAUUUACUCUGACAAAAUGUGAAUUUUGAAGUGACUGGUUUUCUUUACCUUUGUGGUAAGUAAAUCUCAUGAUGGAGCAGAAACUGGUAACUUAUAUUAUGAGUUUGAUUAUCAAAGCAAGUCAACAAAUUUGAAUGCCAUCAUUAAAAUUACUUUCCUGCAGGCUUUAGAGUUGGUGACGGUAAUUGUAGGAAGAAAAUCAGAUGGGGAUGUGUGUCAUUUGGCCACAUGUGCUCAAGGCGCAGAUGAACCCCAUGUAAUAGCAUUUCCCAUCCAUACCCCUGAUAGUCCACUGGUGCCUGGCAAGCCUUCUUGGGCCAACUAUGUCAAGGGAGUUAUUGCCAAUUUUCCGGGACCAGUUCCUGCCUUUGAUGCAGUGAUUGCCACUUCAGUACCCCUCGGAGGGGGAUUAUCUAGCUCUGCGUCACUUGAAGUUGCCACGUACACGUUUUUGGAACAGUUAACUGGGAAAGAGCAAAAAGAUUUGAAAGUCAAGGCUCUGGCUUGUCAAAAGGCUGAGCAUAAUUUUGCUAACAUGCCAUGUGGAAUUAUGGAUCAGUUUAUUUCAGUAAUGGGCAAGAGAGGCAAUGCUUUACUGCUGGACUGCAGGUAUUUGCCUUAUAAUAUGUAAGGCCCCAUCUGCAUAAAUACAUUUUCAUUUCAAAACACAUACAUUAUGAUGUGUUUGGGCCUUCUGUCCACACUAAUUUGUUGAGCAUUAUGAAAAUGCAUUGAUUUCAAAAUGCUCUUUAAAGUGGAUCACAAUGAAAAUGGUCAAAAACAGUCGAAAUGCAUCAAAAUGAAAAUGGUGAAGGAAACUAUUGCAGGUGCGAGUGUUUGUAGCUCAGCACAGUGUUCAACUUACAUCACAGCAUUCAAUUCUAUCGUUUUAGUGUGGACAGCGGAAAAUGCAUCAAAAUGGCAGGGUGGACGUGAAUUGAUUCAUGCUUUUUCAAUGAAAAUAAAAACUCAUACUUUUGAAAACACAUUAGUGUGGAUGGGGCCUAGAUCUGUGGCAGAUUUAUGGGAGGGGCUUGAAGGGGACCUUAAUCUUCACUUUAUUUUUAGGUCAAACUGAAGCCCACAGGGAUGAGAAAAAUUCUUUUCCAAGCCAAGCCCUACUCUUAUCUUAGUGUAUGGAUGAGAAGGCUAUAUAAUGGUUCUUCAAAAAAUAUGGGUCUUGGAAAAUUUUGGCCCAAUCUUAAAAUCUCGGAAGUGUUUGUGAUAGGUCUUGUCUUGGAGUCUCAAUGAAACCCGAGUCUCACAGUCUCGCAAAGUCUCGAAUUUACCAUUCUACACCCCUGAUGAGUGGGCUCGCCACUUAAUAAUUUGAAGACUUGAAUCCAUCGAUAUAAUUCCUUUUGGAUUCAAGCAUGUGAUUGUUGGAAUUGUUUUUCUGCUUUCUGGGUGAUCAGUUCAUGUCCAGAGCAUUGGAUGGCUAUCCCUCAAACUACAAUAUUAGUGGUUUUUGUGUGGAGUGUACCUUUGCAAUUAAAGUUCAUAAUAUUUUGUUUUCAAAUUCUUAUUGUUCUUGGUUGAUAUCAACAAUUUUGCAGAUCAAUGGAAGCCACACUUGUUCCAAUGACAAACCCUGAUUUAGCUGUGUUGGUAACCAACUCAAAUGUUCGACAUGAAUUGACAGGAAGUGAGUAUCCAACAAGAAGGAAGCAAUGUGAAACAGCAGCAAAAGCACUAGGAAAACCCAGUCUUAGGGAAGUUACCAUGGCAGAAUUAGAAGGUAGGAUAGUACUUUACUCAAUAUUUAUUACUACAAACAUUAGGUGAACCCUAAAUUUAUUUGUCAUCACAGAUAGGUCAUUUAUGCUGGGUAGAUAAAGAGGUGGCAUUUGUAGUGAUAAUGAUUAACCCUUUGGGUCUUGCAGAUGAAGGAUAAACAGCUAAGUAGAAUAUGAUCAACUUAACUUUUUAUAGUUACAUUCUUCCCAAGCACAAAAUGGUAACGGCCUGUUUGAGGGAGUUUAUGGGAGUUAAUAUUACGCCAAGGCUAUGAUUUUCGCAGUUCAUAGCUCCUUGUACUAAAUUUUAAAGGCUGCAACUUUUUUCGCUCUUUGGAUCAAGUUGUCUUACCCCUCUCAUCUGUGCUUCAAACACUGAAUUUGAAGGAGAAAGUAGUAGUAUUAGAGCACUGACCUUCCACAAACCUAGCCUACAUCGCAGACAUAAUUAAACCUUGGUUAGUAACGGCUGCAGAAUAGCGCUGAAAUCCUUGUUCUGGGUCCCCAAUGGACUCAACAAAUUACCAGAAAUGAGUUUUAAAUUUCCUUUCAACCUGAUUGGCAAAUCAACAGUGGCUUUUUUAACAGGCCAAUCACGGCACGUACUCAAAUCCUGGUACACAGGUGGGGGUGUAGAACAAGGAUUUCGGCACCGUUUCGCAGAUAGACUUAACCGGAGUUUAAUUUCAUCUGUGGCGCACGAGGCUACCAAAAUCGUGGCCCUGUUUGAAUAGCCUGUGUACAUCUGCCUCCUCCCCACAGCAGAGGAGAUAGCUGUACUCAGGCUAUGGUUUGAUACUCAGAGGCAGGCUGUCUUCCUUGUCUUGACAGGUUUUUCAUAAGGCACUUUGGUUCACCCCUUUCAUCACGACUCAGAAUCUCACAAUUCCAGUUAGAUUGGUCAUUUAAGUCAAUAUUUGAGUCACUCAGUGCAUGUGUUUGCCCAUCAUCAACUUUCUCAUAACAGUGUUCACACAUAAUCCAGGGGUAAUGUGAUUUAGAAUUGAUAAAAUGGUCAUCUAAGGGAAAACAAUGUGAUUUUUAAACAAAUUCUCUUAACUUAUUCUUUAAGGAAUUGUAUGGAGAUCAGUUUGGAGAAUUUGUAUGUGGAUUUUGGAGCUUAAAGGGUUGAUUAUUAAAACAAUUUAUCAUUAAUCAGAUAUUAUUGUCUUCUUUGGUUUACACUAUUGAUAUAUUUUUUCCACAGCUAACAAGGGGAAGUUGGAAGAUGUUGAGUUCUGCCGAGCAAGACAUGUGGUUGGAGAGAUACAAAGAACCACUGAAGCUGCUGCAGCACUUGAGAAGGAAAAUUAUGAGAAAUUUGGAAAGCUAAUGGUGGAAAGUCACAAUUCUCUUAGGUAACACAACACUGACAGCAGAUAGUGCAGUUCAUGUAGUGCUGGGCAGGCUGUUUUUUUAAAACAUGCUAGUUUAAUGCAAUGCUUUCGAGUGGUAUACCACGAAGAAUCCCACGAGUGAAUUGAUUUCUAAGUAUAUACACAUCAGAGCCUUUAGGCGAUCGUAUAAAGCGAGUGUAUAUACAAAGAAAAAUCAAGUCACUUGUGGGAUUUUCGUGGUAUACCAUGAAAGAAGCAUUGCAUAACUAAUUUAUCCCAUGCCACUUAACAUCAUGACGUAAAAUAGAGAAAUCUCGACGUCACAGUCAAACUUGAAGAAAGCCACUUUUAAUACUACAUACAAUGCCCCAAUGAUCGACACCUUGUCAAUGAAUAAAGCUCGUAUUCACCUCUGUCUAUUUUACUGUACCUGCAUCCCGAAGAUGAUGGCAAAACAGCCGUCAAAUGCUUCUUCAAGAAGGGAUUUCAGUCUUGUUGUUUGAAGUGUGGAUUUAUGUCGGUCUUCUCAACCCUGGUUAACUUGGUAUGUUUUUGUUGCUCUUGAUUAAUGAAUUCCUUAACUUCUUUGUCCAUUCUAGUCUGUUUGAUUUUGUAUGGCAAAUACUUUUUUAACUUUGCCUUAGACGUCUGAAUGGCAGCUUAACCUCGGGGUUUAUUGUGUUGUUUACAACAUUGCUCCUGGAAAUUUUGGUAGAAUAAAACUUUUGUCUGUCACUAGCCACUCUAUUUUUGGCGGGAAAAUGUGGAGGCCAUAAUUAAGUAUCACCUGGAUUUUUUCGUGAAAUACUACCCAUCGGAUACCACAGAAUUUGCAACAGAUUUCUAGCUAACUGAUUGGCUGCAUUCACUAUGGCAUUGGAUAAAUCUUCUUAUCAAACAAAUACAGGUAUAAUAAUUAUUGUUGUUUUCAUAAAAACAACUAACAAAUAUUGACAGAAAUCCCAGACUUCCUUCUUACUGCCCAGCCUCAGAAAUUUAAGACAGUACCAGCUAUUGAGUUUAUGUACUAUUCUGGGAUCAGCCAGGGCUCUCAUCAUAUGGCACUGGCCCUAAAGGAUCACAGCUCUAGGAACAAGAAUAAUAGCUGCGAAGUUAAUCAAACCUGGGAGUGCAUUACUGCAUAAAACAGUGAUCUGGUUUCUUAUAAAAAGUGUAAUCACAUAACCCAAAAGCAGAGUACAAUAAUAGUGGUUUCGUGUAUCUUUUUUUAAGGGAUGAUUAUGAAGUCAGCUGUGAAGAGCUUGAUUUACUUGUUAAACUUGCUGUGGAGGUAGAUGGGGUUUAUGGUUCUCGUAUGACAGGUGGAGGCUUUGGUGGGUGUACUGUGACACUUGUCAAACGGUCAUCCGUAGACAACCUCAUCAAACACAUUCAGGUGGGUGUUCUGUUGUCUGACAGUGGGAAGUUUUUAAAUAUAUAUUUCUCUUUGAAAUUGAGUGAAGUAUUGCUGCCAUCAGCAAUCAGUCAGUUAUCAUUGAAGCAAGGACGUGCAACCUGUAUCACUAAAGCUGGCACGGUAGAUACAUUUACAGUAAUGCAGGAUUCUCUGGAAGCUCCGAUAACCAGCAAAAUUCGCCGAUUGUCUUAAAAGUGCCGGAUACUCUUCGUAUUUCAUUUGUUUCUUAGCAAUUGAGUUCAAUGAAACAGUGAAAACAAACAUUAUGAAGCAAAAUAAAACAAAUUUGGUAUAAAAAGUGUCGUCCUCAUGGCUAAAAUUGUUCUCCUUGGCCGCUAAAAAUUCACUGAAAUAGACCAUUUAGGACUCCCAAAUAAACAUUUCCCCGGGGGAGGUCCCCGGACUCACCCAGUGAAAGGGGAGCAGCGCACUCCUCCAUAAUUAUUUCCUCCACACACCCACACACACAGCUGUGCUUCGUGAGGGAGGCGCCCCAUCAGUUGCUGCAUACUUGGAAGUUUUUUCCCUUCUACUUUAAAUUUUCUAGAGAACUUUGUUGAUAUAAAAUGCUUCCUUAAGCUUCCCUUUCUUCACGGCUUCCCAAUAAAACAAAAAUAGUACGAAUGGAAACUUCUUGCUGUGAAAAUCUUGUGAGAAUCUCCUCUCCUCUUAAUGAUGGCCACAUCUCUACAGCGGCCAUCAUGUUUCGUUUUCUAUCAUCUCAAUCGUUUAAUUAAAAUCACUAAAGGAAACCUUCAGAAAACGCUUAUUUCUCAUGAUCUGCCGCAAUGUUCUUGUCGAAUUCGCCCCUUUGCAUACAGGGGAUUCUGUACGUAACGGAUACGUUACGUACAGGAGAUCGGUAAGGGAUUGGUCGAAUGGGUGUGGUCAAAUGUCUGUUAAGGCUAUGUUCAUACUCUACUGGUUAGCCGUUCGUGCUGCCACACAAAACUAUCCGGUUUAGGGUGAACACCUAUUCGAUAUGUGACUCUCCACCUUAGCGAUCAACGCGGGGCAGCUUCGCUCCGUUACAGAAAUCGCGCCGAAAUCACUGUUCUUAUGUGUGAACAAAAGCCCUAUCCGGUAUGGUUUUCGUGCCGGCGCAAAAGCCCUGGGGGGGGACUCGGCAUAUGAAAGGGGUGGGGAUGCUCGUCGGAAAUUUUGAAUUAAACCCUUAAGGAGACCAAUCUGGGCGUAGCCCGAACUUUUUUUGACCCCUAAAAGAGACCAUGUUAAGACACAGACAAUCUAUAUAUUUUUAUAUUUUUUCGCUUGCAACCCUAAACGAGACCUUCACGGCUGGAUAUGAUGGCGUCUUCCCCAGAACACCCUAAGUGAGACCAAAAUCCGAAGUUUACACCCCUAAGGGAGACGACGAGCGUCCCCACCCCUUUCAUAUGCGGAGUCCCUCCCCCCGGCAAAAAAGCUAUCCAGUAGAGUGUGAACCAUAGUCUUAGAUUUCUCUUUCUUCUAAAAUUACAUGCCAAGAUAAGAUACGCAUGCAUUAUACAUUUAGUACAACAAAACGUUUUUCCACACUGCAUCACGUUGAUUCCGAUUCUGUUGUUUUGUUCAUCAGGAGGGCUAUGAAAACAAGGCGACAUGUGUGGUGACCAGCCCAGCUGAUGGUGCCAGAGUUCUAAGUCUGUGAUGAUACAAUUAUGAUAGACUCAUAAAUUAUUUGUGAACUUUUUUCAAGAAUCUUCUAAUGCAACGAAGUAUAGCGGUGACUGUCGUUUCCCCUGGACUAAAGUCGGUUAGUGACCUUGGUUCUCAGUGGGUUCUACUGUUGUUUUACCCGAAAGUGGAUUCUCCCGACGUCGUUUCGCCCGAACUUAAGUCCAUUCGCCCAAUGACAUUUAACACUCAGCGACACGGUGAACAUACUUAUCAGAGAUGUUAGUCAAGCUUGAAUUUCAUGGCUAUGAGUGGUAAAAAAGCCCAGCGAUCAAAACGAUAUUAGCAAUCUAGAUAAUUAUAUUUGAGGUAGAAGGUAUAAAGGUAUACCUCAGCGAUCGCAAUGAUCGCGACGUCGAUCUUUGAGAUAUUUUGUUAUGUUGGCACUAGGAAAAGCUGUUGACCCACAUUCGGACCCGCAUUUGCAGUGACUGUCUUUCCACGCUUAUUCUCUUUUUUCUUUUUUUUUCUGGCUGAAAGAACGAUAAGUUAACAUCGG